AUGUGACGUCACCGGUCCAGUCUGUCUGACACAGAUCCACUCAUGCGCAGCUGUGAUCCUUGUAAACGCGGAUGAAAUUACACGAACAAACCUUUAGCUUUCUAAAAAUGACGCAGCUGCACAUUUGUUUGCAGCCUGACGACAACAACAACAACAACAACAACAACAAGCGCAGACAGACUGAAGGACACUGAAGAGACGAAGGUUACGUAGCUUCUGUGACCGAAGCUAAGCGGCUAACUGUGGUGAACUGCGGCGUCUCUCCUCCACUGACGCAAACCUCUGCCGACAGCGACUGAAAAACCCCGCACAGCAGAAAUGGACAAAGACGAGGCGGAGCGGCUCAUAGAGAAGGCCAAGCUGUGUUUACGCUCCGGGCGGAAAGACCGUGCGCUACAGCUGCUUCAUGAAGCCCAGAAUAUUUACCCCAGCACCCGGGCCAGAGUGCUGAUUGAUGCCAUCGUGAAGAAUGGAGGCAGCGCUCGAUCAGAGGCCAACCACGUCCCUCCACCUGCAGGCUGGAGAGACGAGGACAUGAAGAACGGGGAAGCAAGUGGAGAUGAAAAGAAGAGUUACACCGAGGAGCAACGCCAGGGUGUUCUCAGGAUAAAGAAUUGUAAAGACUUCUAUGAAAUUCUCGGUGUUCCAAAAACUGCCAGUGAUGAGGAGUUGAAGAAGGCUUACAGGAAGCUGGCCCUGAAGUUUCACCCUGACAAGAACUUUGCUCCUGGAGCCACAGACGCUUUCAAAGCUAUAGGUAAUGCAUAUGCAGUCCUGAGUAACGCAGAGAAGAGACAACAGUACGACGUGUAUGGAGAUGAGCCUGCAGCUGCUAACGCUGCACAACAGUCCAGCCACAGUCGUCAUGGACACUACCGAAGCUUCAACAGAGACUUUGAGGCCGACAUUUCCCCCGAGGAACUCUUCAACAUUUUCUUUGGAGGAAGGUUUCCCACGGGAAAUAUUCAUGUGUACACCAACCAGGGAGCCUCCUACUCUCAGUUCUAUCAGCCUCGUCGCAGACGAGCUUAUGAGAGGCGCGAGGAGGUGGUGGAAGAAAACCACAGUCAGAACACCUUCACCGCUCUCCUGCAGCUUCUCCCUGUUCUGGUGCUAAUCCUCAUAUCAGUGUUUACUCAGAUGAUGGCCACUAACCCACCCUACAGUCUCUUCUAUAAGCCCUCCAUGGGGCUGGUGGUGUCUCGUGAAACGCAGCACAUGGGCGUACCUUACUACGUGGAUAAGACUUUUGAGAAGGAGUAUCGUGGAUCUGCACUGGACGACCUUGAGAAAAUGAUAGAGAGCGAUUAUGUGGAACAUCUGCAGAGCAGCUGCUGGAAAGAGAAGCAGCAGAAAUCUGACUUGGCAAACCUCGGACAACUUUACCGAGACGAGCGACUGAAGCAGAAGGCGGAGUCAAUGAGGCUGGACCACUGUGACAAACUGCACCGACUGGUCGGCCGUCAGAGAGGGAAAUGAGGACUGAGCCUUCACUGGAGUGUAAUGGUUGAUCUAAUGUGAGUGUUUUGGGUACAGCAGUCGGUGGAGAUGACGCUGCUGAAACCAUGUGCCUUCUCUCCUGUGUGAUGUUGCAUGUCAGCUGUGAUGGAAGCAGCAUCACAUGCAAACUCACUGUGGCAGUGAGUGAGUGAGUGAAGUAAGUGUCAGAGCCUUUAAACUUUCUUAUAGAAAUGGCGGGACAUGGGCUCUCCCUCUGAUGUUUGUAGUUUUCCUGUGUUUUUGUGUCUUAGAUCAUUUAUUUCACUGAGAAUGGAGUGAAUGUGGGUUUUUCUCUGUAGAAUGUCAUUAAUACUGAGCUUCUGUCACAUGACAGAGGACAUAAUAUUUAUUUAUGAUGACACUCAUGAGCACAUCCAGUAAUAUUUCACGUAAGUGAAUCUUCCCACUUCUCUCAGCUUCCAUGUUGUUUGCUUGUUGAGCUUCUGCCGUUGGUUGAAGGUUAAAAUGUGAGAAAUGAGCGUAGACACGAGACUCUGAGACUUUACUACAGAAGCGACACGAGAGUGCACGUCACGGAUUUCAGCUUCAUUUUGUCUCGGAAGAGUUUUCAGCUCUAAUUUUCUAAAUCCUCCACCUAUUUGAUUUGUGUAUCAAGUGUUUUAAAAAGCUUUUGAGCGCAGUAUUAACCGUUUGUACUUCUUCCCACAGCAAAGGGUCAUCACAUUAAGAGGCCAAAUCAUGUGAUUUGUCAAAGCUUCAAACUCGAGCACUUUUCGGUUGUAUUACGUCCUGUGAUCUCUGUCAUGACUGUUGCAUGAAACUCUGAGCAAGUGUUUUAUUACUUUUAAUGUAUUGAUUUAUUUCUGUUGGUGUCCAUAACGACUGAAACACUAAACAUGACUUAUAAUAUUCAGGGACAGGCUGUCACUCAUUAACUGUGACUCACACACACACACACACGGUUGUACUCUAAAGCCAAACUUCAGCAUCAAUUAAACAUGGAUUUCGAUCAUU